AUGAUCAAUAUAGAAGAUAGAUGGUUAAAGGAAACCAAUUUUUCAAAAAACUGGACAACAAUACCCGACGAGUACAGGAAUUUAUCCGCGGUUGGAAAAUGUUGUUCCGUGGGCGAAGUUCUCGUUUAUCGCGAAUUUCAGGGCGGUGUUUGCACGUCUGAGAAUGUCUCCAUUGCCGAAAAUUUCUCUCCCUCUUUCCACUUUGCCAAUGCAUCCGGAUACGACCACUACGGCUACCAUCACGAUCGAUUUGUCGCAAUUGUUGGAAAUCCUUGUAAAUACGGUAGGUAUAUUUUAGACCCAAGCAAUGACUCCAAUGACGAGCACUAUUUGUUAAUGAAUGGUAACAUAUACACACCUCACAAAAAGCCAGGAAUGCUGAAACUUGGAGUUGAUUAUUGCUUAGAAGUGAUCCCAGAACUAGGACUUCAAACCUUUGUGUGUAUGGCUGAAGAUCUCAUAAUAGUAGCUGCAGAGUCUCGAAUUACGAUGUAUGCCUGUGGCCUUUUAUUAUCCGUGCCAUUUUUAAUCCUUACCAUUGCAGCGUAUUCUAUUACGCCAAAGUUGCGAGAUGUUUAUGGAAGAACGUUGUGUCGUUAUUGUGGAUGCUUAGCACUUGCUUUUACCAUGUUAGCAAUUACACAAUUAUGGAGUGUGCAUUUAUCGAGGCAAGCCUGUAUCAAUAUAGCGUUCGUCAUCCAGUUCUCCUUCAUCGCAUGCUUCUUCUGGCUAAAUGCGAUGUGCAUCGAAAUAUGCUCGUUGGUACGCAGCUACGUGGAUCGAGAAACGUACAAAAGAAUGAAACCAAGAACGUUAUUUUUCUUCUACUCUUUAUGGUGUUGGGGCUGCUCGAUAAUACUUAUUCUUCUCUCAAUGAUUAUGAAUCUUAAUCCAACAAUACCUACGACUUACGUGAAGUCAAACGCCCACAAAGAUAGUUGUUUGUUCAAAUCGGACACUGAAGCAAUGCCAUUCUUUUACGUACCAGUCGGAUUACUUCUUCUUGGAAAUGUGAUUCUUAUCGCUCUGACCUUCAUUAAACUGACUAAAUAUCAAAGGGAUCUUGAUUUAAGGCGCCUCGCAAGGAAUCAGGAAUCGGAUCGACUCGAUCGAAAAUAUCUUCGAUGUCUAAUGAGAGCCGCCUUUGUUUGCAUGAUUAUUUUCUUCUUGAUGGGCCUCAAUUGGUCAAUGGAACUAAUAUCAUGGUUCGUCAACGCAGAUUCUUUCGACUGGUCCUCCUUCGACCUUGUGAACGCUCUUCAAGGUGUUCUUAUUUUCGGUCUAUUUGUACUACGUAAGCCACCAAGAGACUUUGUAUGGCAAAGGAUACAACAAUUUCGUGGCAUCAAUGUUAUACCAGAAGCAGAAGUUGGAAGCAUGGAAUUAUUUUUGCUUCCUAUAAUGCACAACAAUUCCGCACCUAGAUAAACGAUCAUUCCAUGAUGUAUCAUUUAUUCUUCAAUCCUUCUUCGAAUUCAUUGUACACCAUACGAGAGGAUUACGAAUCAACUGCCGAAAGAUGCUUAAAAGUUCCUUGAAGAAACGUACAACUGUGGUAUGAUUUAUUUACAAAUCGUCAAAUUGAUCAAAUAAGGGAAAUUUGGCAAUUUCGAUAAAUUUACU